AUGACACACUUGCUUUUGCAGGCUGGGCCACAGACGUCAGAAGCCACAAAUGAAGCACUACCCCUCGAUGACGCAUCUUCUCCCAGCUCCAUGUGGAAGACCACUCUACUCCUGAAAGUCCUCCUGUGGCUGGUACUGCUGGGACUCUUUGUAGAACUUGAGUUUGGACUGGCUUACUUUAUCCUCUCCAUGUUUUAUUGGCUGUAUGAAGGAACUCGCGGCCCCGGGCAGAGAAGGAAAGGGGAGAAGAGUGCUUACUCUGUCUUCAACCCGGGAUGUGAAGCCAUAGAUGGGACAUUGACUGCGGAACAGUUUGAGAGGGAACUGCACUAUAGCACACUGGCUGGGAUAUAGCUACACAACAUACAGCUUCAUUUUUUUCUAUGUGCAA